CCUCGUUGGUCCUUUUCCUGUAAGCUAGAGCGGCGCAAGGUGAGGAUCGCGGACGCCACAUCUCCCGCUCUACUGCAAAAAUGGUCAAUGUACCUAAAACUCGAAGGACUUUCUGUAAGAAGUGCGGCCAGCAUCAGCCUCACAAAGUGACCCAGUAUAAGAAGGGGAAGGAUUCCCUGUAUGCCCAAGGAAAGAGACGCUAUGAUCGGAAGCAGAGCGGCUAUGGUGGGCAGACAAAGCCAAUUUUCCGGAAGAAGGCUAAAACCACAAAGAAGAUUGUACUGAGGCUUGAGUGUGUUGAGCCCAACUGCAGAUCCAAGAGGAUGCUGGCUAUUAAGAGAUGCAAGCAUUUUGAACUGGGAGGGGACAAGAAGAGAAAGGGCCAAGUGAUCCAGUUCUGAGCGUUAUGAUUUUUUUUCGGUCUUAAUUUGAGGGGAAGAUACUGACGCUAUAGAAAAAUUGUUGGAAAAUAAAUUAGUGUCAAGCCCCAGACGUCUUGUGUUUUU